AUGUCAUCAACAUCAAUGUAUGUUCCAACAUUUGAAAUCAAUCAAAAUCAAAUGGAAAAUCUUAUUCAUUUUAUAUAUGAGAAGGAACAAAUAUUAAAAGAAUAUGGUGCAAUUAAAAUUACAUUAAACCAAAACUGUAAAUUAGCUUUAAAAAAACGAAAAAAGAUACCUUCAAGUUGUGAAAUAAAUAAACAAAUUGUAAAGAUGACCGAAAAUAAUCUUAUCUAUUCCGUAAAAACAGUCGAUCAAAUAAAUGAACAUGAUAUAAAACAAAAUUAUUUAAUAAAAAAUGAAAAUGAUUUUUGGUCAUCAUUAUCUUCUUUGAAGUCUAAUAAUGAACAAAGACAAUUAAAUAUAUCAUUUUCACCAAAUAAUAGUUUCUUUCUUCAAAAAACAUCUCGCCAAUAUUUUGAUAUUCAUCGUUUACCUAGAGAAUCAAUUUUGAAAAUAGCUGGAAAAGAUGUUUUAAAUAAAUUUGUUCCAUGUAUUAAAAGAGCUCAUGGAUCUUCUUCGAUUUUUCCAUUAACUUCUGCUGAUCAACAUUUAUUUUCAAUCGAUUAUCAUCAUGAAGGUGGAAAUCACCAUUGGUAUGUUAUACCUAAUUCACAACGAGAUUUUUUUAAAAAGAUUCUUGAUAAACAAAAUUUAUCUAUUGGAUGUCUUGACCAUGGGCAAAUACUUGUUGAUCCUUUGCUAUUAGAUAAAAAUCAAAUUCGUUAUCAUAAAAUAAUUCAACAUUCAAAUGAAUUUGUUGUUUUAUCAUCUGGAACUCUUGCACAAUCUUUUACGGAAGAUUCGAGUUGGUCUGAAUUUAUUAAUUUUGCUUUACCGAGUUGGAUACAAGAUAGUCAUGCAUAUAAUUCACGUUCAUUAUGUCAAUGUCAAAUUUCAGAUCAAUCUUAUUUAUCAAAAUUAAUUGAUUUGAAUUUAUAUCCAAGUGUUCUUGUACAAAAAUAUAUAAAUUCAUCAGAAAAUUCUAUAAAUAGUGGUACAUCAAUAUUAUUAAGAGAUGAAACUGAUGUAGAUAUAUUUACAAUGCCAACAGCAAACAACAGUUCAACUAAUUCCAUAAAUGGUAUUUCAUUUUUAAAAUAA